AACGUUGAUCUGAUAACGCAACACAGUACAAUAGUCUCUGAUUGCUGAAAAUUUUUGAGAACGCAAUGGGAGGAGGAACCAUCCAUGUAGGCUCUUCUGUGCCUCAGCCUAGAAGCUACCCUGUUGUGGUAUCACCUUCUCCUCCUCCUCCUCCUCCUUCUUCCAAUAGUAAGCUUCCUGUUUCAACUGAUAAUGGCGUACCCUUUAGCCACGGUGGCUCUGGGUGUUGUUGCUUCUGUCACAGUGAAAUUGGCAGAAAACUAGAAGUUGUUCAUGUUAUGGAAGAAAAAAGAUCCCGUGGGUGUCUCCAUAAUUAUGUUUUUGAUGCGGUUCCGUCUCAAAUGGAAGUUGAAGACGCGCUUAUUGCUCUUCAGAGUUUUCUACAAGCAGUAACAUCAGGGGCAUUGCAACAGAACUCUUGUGCUUAUGAUUCGAGCAUAUUGCUUUCUCAGGGAUAUAACAAACUAUAUGAUGCUUACCUGUUGCUGCAAUCAGAUCCUUCUAUUAAGAGACUAGUGACUUCACUGUCAUCAGAUAAAACAGUUUGGAAUGCUGUCAUGAACGUGGUGAAUCAAAAGCUCGAAAGCUUACCAAAUCCAGCUGAAUGUAGAAAGCCCCAGAUUUCUGACAAACCAGAAGUCAGCAUUGCCAUGUUAAGUUGGAUAUUGGAGAUCAUAAAGGGAAAAAUUAUGGAACUGAUAGAAAAUUUUCAGUCACUUGUGAAUCUUUUAUUUCAAUCUCAUAAGAUAGAAAAAGCUGCAUUGAAAGACCAAGAGCUGGAGAGAAAAGUUAGGUCAUCUAUGCUUCUCUGUGUAGUAAUCCUUUUGAUAGUAAUUUUGGCCAGAUUCCAAAAGUUGUAAUGUCUGAAUAGUUUUAAAAACCCAUUUGGUUGUUGUAAAGGAAUGGAGUAGAAUGAAUUAAAGAAAUAAAAAAAAUAGAAUGAUCAAGAUGUAAGUGGGAGAUAAGUCAACCGUGUUCAUGAAGCUUGUAAAGACUGGUGAUUCAAACAUUUGUAUUGUGUAGUAUUGGAUUUUAUCAUGUUUACUAUGAGGGAUAGGGUAAUUUAGUUAUUUUUAUUCUUGUUUAUUUGAUCCAUUUCAUUCCUUCUCUUUCAUGUAACCAUACAGAAAGCAUGUAAACAUCACGUUUUAGGAUGUCAAAACAUGUUUUAGCAACAGCAACAUUCUUUCCCAAUGUGGUUACAAAUAUGUUGUGAGUGAUUAUUGUUGUAGAAAAAGUAAUGUUGAUUGGUGUGUACUAUUGUGCAACAAUGUCUUGAUUGCACAUUUCUUGUACAAAUAAGGUUUUGUAAUAACGGCAUUACCAUAUUCAUGGCCAAUGUAUUAUAUAAUUUUAUU